AUGAUGUCAAGCCUAACUGUUAGUGAAGAUGAACAAAUGACAUUGAAUGAUCAUCCGGAUGAUGAAACGCCGGACGAUGCUUUGAUCCCUUCAUCCUCGUCAUCGGAACCAUUGUCUGCCAGUAAUGAUUUAGAUGAUCACGAUGACACACUACGAUCCGUCCUCCCAACGUUGAUCAUUUCCAUUCUCUUGGGUCUGGUUUCAGGCACUGCCUAUGGGUUUGGACGAUAUGCCAGAACCCUCAAGGAUAUUCUUGGUUUGUCACAGUCACAAGUCCAAACGCUUGGCAUUUUCAUGGAUUGUGGAAACUAUGUUGGUCAUCCAUUGGUAGGCAUAAUAUACGAUCGAAAGGGCCCUGUGGUCUCUUGCUUGCUGGGAGCUCUGAUUGCAUUUGUCAGCUACUGGGAAAUUCGUUGGACCAUUUUGAAUCAUGAUGAACAAGACCUUUCUCAUGCUGGCAUCCUUUGGCUCAAGUUGGCCUUCUUUGGAGUAGGCUUUAGUAGUGGACUUGCAUACAUAUCUGGUCUUGGUACGACUACAAAGGCUCUACUAAAACUGACCGGGCCAUCUUCGCGGUAUUUUGGUACUGUUAUUGGACUGGUGGCCGCUAGUGCUGGCCUCAGCUCGACACUUGUCGGGAUUUCUUAUCAGCAUUCGCCCAACCUCCAAGGUUUCUUUCUAUUUUGGGCUCUCAUAGUACCAGUUGUCAAUAUUUUUGGGGCCAUCAUGUUCCAAAUACAGGAAUAUAAUAAUGCACCCAUUGAACGAUUGACGGAAUCAGACGGACCAAUAAGGGAAGUCGGACCCCUUCUUUGUUCACCAGCGUUGGAGAGUGCCGAAGCGCAGGAAUCCCAGCAAGUAAAGAUAGAUGAAGAAGUACUACUCAACGAGGAUAACAAUGUUUUGAUGGAAGCUUGGGAUUCGUGGCAGAAAUUGGAGUUUUGGCUCCUGUUUGCUUCGUUUUCUUGUGCCAGCGGAUGUGGUCUACUUGUCAUCAACAAUUUAUCGACCAUGGUCCAAAGUAUGGGUGGCUCUGACUCGUUGGCUGGCACUCUUGUCAUUGUCUUGAGUCUUUCCAACGUGGGUGGGAGACUCCUCAUGGGAAUGCUUGGUGAUGCCGCAACGCCAUCCAACUCACCAGUUUUGCCUCGGAUUCGAUUGUUGCAAGGUGUGAAUCUGACAAUGGCGUUGGCCAUGUUCCUAGCAUUUAUUUUCGGCCAGCAGCAAGUUUGCUUGAUUUUAUUUGUUGUAAUUGUCGCAUUGGCAUAUGGAAGUGCUUGGGUGCUCAUUGUGGCACUAACGCCGAAGCUAUUUGCCAAGGAGCACUUUGGAAAGAGCUAUGGUCUCUUGGCUCUCGGCCCAGCGAUGUCGGGGUUGAUUUUUAACCAGGCCAGUGCCAAGUGGUACGAUCAGCAUGCGUCCAACAAUACAUGCAUCGGAAGAGAAUGUUAUGGAACGUCAUACGCAGGAUCAAUGGCAGUGGCUCUGAUAGGUGUCAUUAUUACUGGCAUCCUGCACAAGUUGCAGCGACGGAAAGAAGGACAGUAA